AUGGAUAAAAUGGACAUGAACAGAAAAUCAAUGGCCAGACUGCACAAGGCUAAAGUUAUGAUUGCUGGAGAACAACUGAGGUAUGAGAGAGAGAGAGAGAGAGAGAGAGAGAGAGAGAGAGAGAAGAGAGAUUGGCUUUCUUUAUGGUUAUGCUACCUGUUGAAACAUACUGUGUGGAAAUCCGACAAGCUCCUUCCAUUUUUUUACAUUUCUUCCAGAUAUAGUAGUUCGCAUAUUUCCUUCAGCUGAUCUUCCAAUUUAAUGUAAACAUUUAAUUAUAAGAGAUACAAUAUAUCAUAUAGAAAUGUCAACUGAAACUGAUUCAAUUCAUGUUUGAAUAUAUUUCUUAAUGUGCCCUUGUCCACUUAUAGUCGUUAUAGCUGCUUUAUUCAAAGUUUUACCUCAUUGCAAGGUUGAGGCUACAUGAUGGCAAACUGAUCAAGGAUCGACGGUACCAUCUGCGCACUUACCCCAACUGCUUUGUGGCCCAAGAGCUUACAGACUGGCUGAUCAGCAACAAGGAAGCUCCCGAUCGGGCCACAGCGGUCUGCCUCAUGCAACACCUGAUGGACCAUGACAUUGUGCACCAUGGUAGGGCACCACAAUAGCAUCUCUCAGGGGAUAUAAAAUGCAUAGUAGGAGCUUUUCCAAGAGCCUAUAGCCCUGACACAGGACAAAGUGUAUAUCCAACUCCUAUAAUGCACUUUCUCACAAGAGCAUAAGAGCUUUGCCAAGAUACUAACAUUGAUAAUUGAUAUGGGAGAUCCAAAAUGCUGAACCAUAAAGUAGGGCAAUGUGAAGACACUCUCAGGACGUUUCCUUUGUCUCUCUUCCACUCUGAUCUCUUUAGUUUGUGACAAGCACCCUAUGUUCAAGGAUGCAAAAUUGCUGUACCGUUUCCGUAAGGAUGAUGGCACAUUUCCAUUUAACACCGAGGUGAACGUCUUCAUCCGAGGACAACAAUUGUAUGAGCAGUAAGAACUACUUUGUUCACCCUGGGGGGUCUCUAUCUCGUAGGAACAAGUGCCCUUGCAGAGGACAAGCCUAUCUUAGGGUAGCCACAUCAUCUGUAUUAUGUUCUCAGUAUGUGCUGGUUUUGGUGAUUAUGGACUGAAACUUCAAACUUUACCAAAUGUAUACACAAGUUUGUGUGUAAUUGUUCCAUUAAUUCUGUCUCUGGAGUGCAAAAUGGAUGUGACCUGUUUUGUGUGUGUCUGUGUUUUGCAGUCUAAUAACUGGCAGAGACUCCAUUCUGCAACUAAGGGAGGAGCAAGGUGUUGCAUACCAGCGUUCCAUCCCUGGCUGCCAGUUGAUCGACUGGUUGUUACAGAAUGGAGAGACAGAGAGCAGGCGCCAGGGUUUGGAGUUCUGCCGUGCUUUGCUGGAGCAUGGCAUCAUUCAGCAUGGUGAGUUAUGUUACCUUUUAACCUUUGGCUAAUAACAUUGGAGGUAAUACUGUUUCCCUAGCCUCUCACAGUUGAUCGCCUACUCAAAUUACUUCUAUCAUAACCAAUUAGUGCUAUGCUUUUCCUCUCUCUCCUCUUCCCAAUUCCCAUUAGUGGCAAAGAAGUACGACUUCUUUGACAGUAGAUUACUGUAUCAGUUCUGCAUCAAUUUUUGCCGCCGGCGCCACCUGUCUGAGCUCUUGAAUGAAACUGAGCGAGACAAAAAGGAAGGCGUAUCAGUGCAUGCACUGGAGGACAACCAUGCAGACAGCCCCUUUGUCCUGCCCAAGAUCCCCCCACAAGAGGAAUGCAGUGGGUUUCAAUCUGGUAAAUGCAAACAUAAAAACAAAGCAAGAGCUCUAAAAUACUUUAUAUGCAAAAAUAAUUCCAAGGUAGUCUAUACUGUUGUGACACAGUGGAUGAGCUGUAUAUGCAUACAUGCAUGCAUUUAUGUCUGACCUCUCAUAGCAGUGCAGCCCAAUAAACCAUUGAAGAUGAUAUCCAAUGUGCAUCAGGCCAGUUUGAAUUCUCUGCAGCUACAUGCUAGUGGAUAUUUACCCCCUGCCACACUCUCCUCUGCCCCAGUGGUGAGAUGCAAUCCAAAAUCAGGUCAGAUCGUCCCUCUGUUCUUUUUUGACAUCAUUCAUUCUGUUCAGGCUUACACCGAUGUAGUCUCCCUAAGCAGUUCGUUUCUGAUGAAAGCCAUUAGGGCCAAAACAUAAUGUUUUAACCGAAAAGUAUAAACAUUUAAAAUAUAUAUAUAUAUAUUGAGCAAGAGCACCUACUUUUUUCUGACCUGUUAAGUCUCCCAGAGGGCAACAUGGUUUAGCAAUGCUAUUGAUAAAAUAAUGUAUUUAAACACUGAAAUGAAAACUCUACAUCGGUUUUGACAGUGCUUAAGAGGAAUGUGACAUGUGAGGAGCUACUGUCCCCUGGUGCACCCUUCAUCAAGAGAGUGUUGACGGUGAGCUAUAAGGCAAAUAUACUGUAUGACCAUCCUCUUUCUAGUCUUUUCUCUAUUGGGGAAGUAAAUAUGUAUUUAGUCCCCUCAUACCAGUGUUUUGCAUCUCAGGUGAUGGGAGAUGCAGUGGGCUGGGGCUUUGUGAUCAGAGGUAUGGCUCCAGUUUACGUCCAGGCAGUUGAUCCUGGAAGCCCUGCUGCUGCAGCAGGGGUUAAGGUAACACAAACACACACAAAAAUAGUUACACACACAGUAAUAUAUGACUAUGUAUUUAUUUUCACAUUCUCCUGUGAUUCUAAUUCUAUGCCUAGGUGCGUCAGUUUGUUUGCCAGGUGAAUGGGCGAAGCGUUCUUCACCUGGAUUACCGCCAGGUCACCAGAUUGGUGAUGACCGGACCUCGCACUGUUGUGUUGGAGGUCAUGGAACCACUGGGGUGA